AUGCCGGACCUUGACGGCGAGCACAUUGCCGGAGCGCGCGUGUUCUUCGACUGGCGGGACGGGCUCUUGCUGCGCGGCGGGAAACCAACGAAAGAAACGGACGAAGCGUCCUCGCCGGCCGCCGCGUUGCUGGCCGGGGACGCCAGCGGCCCAGCGCAGCUGGCCGGCGCAGUGGCGCCGCCCGCGACGCUAGGAUUCCUCCUCUGCUCGGGGCUCGCCGUGGCUGGGCCCCACGCGCGCCCAUCGCGCGCCUAUCGCUUCUCCGCGCGCGCCCCAUGGCGAGGGAUUACAUCCUUCGUUGGUCGGCGGAGCAGCUUGAGGAUGCUGGAUGGACAGGUGGUCAGGAUGAUCACGGACGGCAUCCUCAGGGUGAAGACCUGCGUGCUGAAGGUGGGGAUCCACUGUGAUGGCUGCGCGAAGAAGGUUACAAAGGUCCUCAACAAGAUUGAAGGUGUGUACCUAAUCAGCAUAGAGAAGCUGGAGGGGAAGGUGACGGUGACCGGUCAGAUGGAUCUGGACACUGUCUUCGUGAAGCUGAAAAAGGCCGGCAAGCCCGCGCGGCUGUGGGGCGCCACCGCCAACCCUGGAGUGCCAAGCCAGGGCCAACAGCUCCAGCUCGGCGGCGGCGGCGAGGACCAGCUGCCCAAGGGUGGAGCGGGUGCUGCAAGCAGCAGCAGCGGUGGAGGAAUGGCGAUGCCGCAACCGACUCCGGAGCAGCUUCGCGAGCAGCUGCAUCAGCAGCUGAUGCAGGCGGGGAUUAACCUUCCUCCUCAGCUUAUGGGCAUGGGCGGCAAGAUGCCGCUCCCGGCGGCUGCGGCGCCGGCGAACCUCCCCAAGGCUGUCAGGUUCAACGUUCCCAACGACGGCGGCGACUCCGGCGAUGAGGCCGUCGACGAAGAGGAUUUCGAGGAUGACGGCGCCGACGACGACACUACUAAGAUGAUGAAGCGUAUGGCCAUGCCGCCGGCCGCCGGUGGGGCCGGAGGCAGCGGUGUCAAGAAAGGCGGCAUCGGCAACGUGAUGCCGGUGCAGAUCAAGGGAGGCGCCGGCGGCAGCGGCAAGAACGUCAAGGGCGGCGCCCCAGGCGGUGGGAACCUGCAGCCCGGACAGGGCAGGAAGGCCUCCGGCGCCGGUGGCCCGUCCGCAGGUGUCGGCGGCCCGAUGAUGGGCAUGGGCGGCAUGGCGCCGCCUCAGCCGCAGGCGGCCAUGACGACGAGGCCGCCGAACAUGAUGGGCGGCAUGCCGAUGGGGCACCCCCACAUGGCUGCGGCCAAGGGCAUGCAGCCGGGAGGUGUCAACGGCAUGCAGCCGGAAGGCGGCGCCGGCAUGCAGAUGGUCCACCCCAACAUGGCCGGCAAUGGCAUGCCGCAGUCGGGAGGUGUCCAUGGCAUGCAGCCGGGAGGUGUCGCCGGCGGCAUGCCGAUGGGCCACCCCAACAUGGCUGGCAACGGCAUGCAGCCGGGAGCGGGAGGUAGCGCCGGCAUGCAGGCCGGCGGCAAGCCGAUGGGCUACCACGCCCACAUGGGUGGCAACAGCAACGGCAUGCAGACGGGCGGCGGUGGUGGCGCCGGCACGACGCUUGCGCCUGGAUUCUAUCAUGCCGGCCAUACCGGCGGCGGCUAUGGCGGAGGCAUGCCUUACGGGCAGGAGAUGAUGCAGGCGGCCGGGAACCAGCAUGUCUAUGGCGGCGGCGGCGGCGGGUACAGGCCCAUGAUGCAGCAGCAGCAGCAGCCACAGAUGAUGAUGAACGGCGGCGGCUAUGGCUCCCAGGGCUACUACGGCGGCGACUAUGGCUCCCAGGGCUACUACGGCGGCGACCAUGUCCAUGGCGGCGGCGGGUACUACCAGCAGCAGCAGAUGGGGUACGGGAGCAGCAACAGCUACGGGUACGGGUACGUCGGGCAGCAGCAGCAGCUGCCCUACCCGUCCUACUACCCGCGCCACCCGCAUGACAACAUGUUCAGCGACGAGAACCCCAACAGCUACUGCUCGGUGAUGUGAGGCGCCAAGGCCGCCGCCGCCGGCCAAGCUCUCUCCUGCUGCUGAAGCUUUCAACAAUGUCGACCAGAAGGAAGAAGGAGGGGAGCCAGCUCUGGUCACAGGUGGUGGUCAUCCGACAGCGCCGUCGUCACCAUGAUCGAAGUAACAACCAGUAGUAGUCAGUAUGCAUAAGAAUUAAACCAGUAGC